CUUAUUAUUAUGGUUUCAGAUUGUUAAAACGUGAAACGAAUUUGUUGAAAUUCGUUUAAACAAAAAUAAUUGCAGCAAAAUUAUUAUUUAACUAGUCUUCCGUGCCUAUCUUCACCAUCAUAACCCAAAAUCAAAACAAAAAUGGCGGAAGAUGACGAGAUUGAUAUUCUGGGAGAUUUUAAUUUAGAUAGUUUUUUAACAAAAAACGACUCCGGAAUCUACGAAAACACGUCUCUGGUGUCCCAAAACUCGGAAUUACUCAACUGCGAAUACACCAUUCACCCCCAGUGGCUCCUCGAUAAACCCAGUGCGAACCCGGAUUGCUGGUACGACAACGGUUCGGCUCUCGCCACCGAAAAACCGCCAAGCGAUUUUGAGGUUAGUGAUGCUGGUAAUUUGGGACAUGUUUCCACUGAAAACGCCAUCACCGACGAGAGCGGGUGGACGGAAAAGGAGAAAAACCUCCUAGAACGGGGCAUCGAAAUUUUCGGCAAAAGCAACAUACGGUUGGCGCAGUUCAUCGGGUCUAGAACGCCAGCGGAAGUCAAGUAUUACCUGAAGAACUUCUACAUGGAAGCGCAGAAUGCCUACACUAGUUUCAAUAGCGGAAUGGUCGAGGAAGUAAGCAUUGUUAAUAAUUUAGUUUCGGAUAUUUUAGAUGAUACUCAGAUUCCCGCCAGUAUCGAGGAAGUUAUAGCUGCGGUGAGCACGGCGAAGCCGACUGUGCCUGUUAAACAGUCGCGGAAGAAAAGUGUGUCGUUUAAUAGCACCGACGACGACGAACCAUCAGACGUUUCUGUACACUCGAUCGCGAAAAUUGGCUUUGGUGAUAGUCACAAGUACGAAUACAAAAAGAAAAUCAAAACUAAGUUGAAGAAGAACGUGAAGUUUAAAAUUAAAACGAAAUUAAAAUUUCCCAUGAGUCACGUUAAACAAAAAACGGUGAAAAUUAUGAAUCAGGAGAACAAAAAAACUGAGAUUGGGAGGGUGGAGAUUACCACGGGGAAGGGGCUUGCGGUUCCGAUUUGCGAGGGAGAAGAAAUUGUUAAAAUCAGCAAAGAUGCUUCUGAUUCUGACAUAGAAGUCGACAUUGAAGACUCAGAUGAGGACAAACCUGCUUUAAAAUUUAGUAUUUCCGUGUUUGCUGAGAGCAAAAACGAAUGUCACAAUGUUGAAGUUAAAAAUGUAGAAAUUCAAAAUUGUACUAGUUCUAACAAAUCACAAAAAACGUUUAUAGAUUUGUCAGUGUUAGGUGAGGUUAUGGUUAAGGAGCUAACGGGGAGUGAGGUGCCAAGGUCAGAGGUCCACAUUGACGAGAAUUUUAUAAGCGAGUUGGAGAAAUUGGUGCAUGGGGAGUUUUUUGAAGGCCGCCCCACUAAAACCCCUUUAAGAUAUCUUAAAAUCAGAAAUCACAUUAUUAAUUGUUGGUUAUCAAGUAAACCCACUUAUGUUACAAAAACGUCUAUCCGUCAAGGUUUAAAAAAUUGCGGAGAUGUUAAUUGUAUAAGUCGCAUCCAUUGUUAUUUGGAACAAACUGGUGUAAUUAAUUUUGGAUGUGCUCAAACUAACUAUAUUCGUCCAUUGGUUGAUGUUUUCCAAGCGAUAGCCCCAACCACACGUGAGAAAACUUUGAAGGAGUGUAAAACUCAGUUAAAAUCGAUGGGGGACUUGGGCUGUCGUCCUAGAAUAAAGAGGAAAUUUGCAAAUGAUGGUGAGGGUGGAUGUACUUUAACCCACGACGAAAAAGGAGACGUUAUCAACACAACCAUCGUCAGCGAGGAACCCCCGAAACCGAAAAUAUACGUAAAGAAGCCCUCAAUUCGACUAAUCUAUUGUAGACCUUUCCCUGAAGGCAACCCUCAAAAAUACAAAGUCAAGAUGCAUCUAACGACCCUCCUCCUCAUGGAUUUCCACGCCCACACAUCACUAACUGAAGUCAUGGGUUUGGUCGCUGGUUCGUGGAACCCCAACAAAAACGUCCUUACCAUCUCCCACUACGAACCAUGCAGGAACAUCGCUUCGUCGGCUACUCACUGCGACAUGUGCCCGAUUUCGCAGUCAAAAGCCGCGGAUUCCAUCCACAAGCGCGGUUUGGACGUUCUGGGGUGGUUCCACUCGCACCCGACCUUCGCCCCUGAACCAUCGCAGCAAGAUUUGGACACCCAACAAGACUUCCAGCUGUGGAUCGGGGAUAGAAGGCCGUGUUUGGGGGUUAUUUUGUCGCCUUUUAGUUUACAUGGAGCCUUAAUAGCGUCGCCUUUCCGCUGUAUGGUGGUCGACAAAAAAGAGAAUUUCGAAGACCAGUUCGUGCCUUAUAAGUUUCAAGUCGAAGUCGUUUCCGACGAAAGUGAUAUAGAACGGUUUUUUACAGAUGUGCGACGGAUUUUUUGUGGGAUGAAAGAGAGUGGAGUUGAUUUUGGGAAACCGUACUUCCAGGAUACUUCCAUCACGUACUUAGAGAAGUACAUUACGAGCGUAAGAAUGCAUUUAGCGAAAUGCGGUACUCUGAAUAAAAUGACGUGUGAUUAUAUUAUCGAAAAUAUUUCGAAUAUAUGUUCGGCAUAGUGUAUAUAUUUUGUGGUAUUAGUCACAAUGUAUUUUGCAGAUUUGUAUUUAUAAUAAAAGUUAGACUUUUUCCAGA